AUGGCUAGCGAACGACCAAAGUAUCAAGAGAUUUAUCGCUCUUUCUGCUUUAGCUCCAGCAGUCUUCAUGUCUAAAACGGGACCUUCUCUUUUCCGCGUGCUGUGCCUUGCAGUCGAUGACAACGUAUGAUUCAAAAUAUAGUUUUAAUAUUACUAAUACUACUAAUUAUUGUUAAAGUUUAUUAUUAAAGUAUUGUUAGUUUUAUUGUUAAUUGCGAAAAUUUUCAAUUUUAUGAUAUUAUUAAUUUCCAAAACAACUAGUUAAACAACUAGUAAAAUUACCAAUUUUAAUAUCAGAAACCGUAAUGAAUCAUAUUUUUGCUUUUAACCUUUUUACAGUUGAUAUUGAAUUUUUUGAGCAUAUAUCAGUUUAAGCCAAUCGGCACAUUUCUACGUACGCUUGGGAAAAUAAUGUGCUGCCAGUGUGUAAAGGCAUCUUUGAUGUUGCUUUUGACUACGACGGAAUUAUAAAUAUUUUAAGUAAAGCAAGUUUCGGAAAUUUGAUUAUGGCACUGCCAGUAACAUGAAAAAAUAUGGCCAGGAACAACCUCCUGAUUAUAAUCUCGGUAAUGUCUCGAUACCAGUGGAUUUGUAUUAUGGCACCAAUGAUGUAGCUGCUGAUGCUCAGAAAAUUAAUUUUAUGUUGCACAUUGCCGACAACCAUGGCUGCUGUAUCCUUUAUAGCGCAACACAAGACAAACGAAAUUUUUGACAUCACUGUCGAAGAUGAAGUUCUAACCCCCAAAUUGCGCAGAAAGCGGAAUAACCAGCCAAAAGUUAUGAAGUUGCUAUACAGAAUGGUUAUACUUUGCAACUGGAUAGGAUCGCAUGAUCAAAGAAAUCUAGUGAAUGGAGUGAAUAUUAAGAGAAAAUUACUGCUGUGUUUCUUAUGGCCCUGGCAGGCUUCUCAAACCGGAAGUCCUCUUUUCCAAAUAUUGGGCGCUCAUAUUGAAGAUGUUAGUUUGGCAUGAAAUGGGUAUAUACGAUCUCCCAGCGAUAAUUGAUCACAUUAUCGAGCAAACAAAGCAGGAGAAGAUCUUUAUGAUAACGUAUAGCCAGGGUGGUACCGUGUUCUUCGUGAUGGCUAGCGAACGACCAGAGUAUCAACAGAAAGUUAAUGCUCUUUCUGCUUUAGCUCCAGCAGUCUUCAUGUCCAGAACAGGAACUUCUCUUUUACAGAUAUUCUGCCUUCUAGCCGAUGACAACUUGAUAUUGAAUUUUUUGGGCAUAUACCAGUUUAAGCCAAGCAACACAUUUCUACAUACGCUUGGGAAAAUAGCAUGCCCUCAGCAAUCACUUCUGCUGCCAGUGUGUAAAGGCAUCUUUGACCUAGCUUUUGGCUACGACGAAAAUUUUAAUAAGGCAAGUUUCGGAAAUUUGAUUAUGGCGCUGCCGGUAACAUGAAAAAAUAUGGCCAGGAACAACCUCCUGAAUAUAAUCUCGAUAAUGUCUUGAUACCAGUGGACUUAUAUUAUGGCACCAAUGAUGUAGUUGCCACUCCUCAGGACAUUCAGGAAUUGUACGAGAAACUACCCAAUGGUCAGAAAUCUUUGAUAGAAUCCAACAAUUUCGCACACCUUGAUUUCCUGUGGGGAAAUGAUGUAAAGUCUUUGGAUACGAGGCAACUCGUAGUUACGAAUCAUCUACGACAAUGUUCAAAAAAAAAAAUUUGUGUUGCAUGUUGCCAGUAAUUAUAGGCGUAUUCUUUAAAGAGCAAUGCGAGGCAAACGAAAUUACUGAAAUAUUCUUUGACGAAGAAGUUAUAACUGCAUGUGAACAAUUUACAGACAGAGAUUGCGCAGAAAGCGGGAUACGCAGCCGAAAGUUAUGAAGUUGUCACACAGGACGAUUAUAUUUUGCGAGUGGAUAGGAUCACAGGAUCGACGAAAAGUCCUCCGUCUGAUAAUAAAACACCUGUAUUACUUGUUCAUGGACUUUUAGAUGCCUCGCCUACGUGGCUUGCUAUAGGUCCUGAAUUCGGUUUAGACCAGGGAUACGACGUGUGGCUCGGCAAUGUACGCGGCAACAGAUAUUCGCGGGAAAAUUUGAACUUGACCACCUCAGACCCAAAUUUUUGGAUGUUCAGUUGGCAUGAAAUCGGAAUAUACGAGUUUCCAGCGAUGAUCGAUCAUAUUAUAGAGCAAACAAAGCAGGAGAAGAUCUUUAUGGUGAUAACGCACCAGGGUGGUACCGCGUUCUUCGUGAUGGCUAGCGAACGACCAGAGUAUCAAGAGAAAGUAAUUGCACUUUCUGCUUUAGCUCCAGCAGUCUUCAUGUCCAGAACAGGAACUUCUCUUUUCCAAGUGUUGUGCCUUAUAGCUGCCAAUGACACCUCGAUAUUGAAUUUACUGGGCAUAUACCAAGUUAAACCAUCCGACACCCUUGUACACACGUUUGGAAAAGUGGCAUGUCAUCAACAAUCACCUCUAUUGACAUUGUGUAAAGGCUUUUUUGAUCUAUUAGGUAGCGACGACCGAAAUCUUAAUACGGCAAGUUUCGGAAAUUUGAUUACGGCGCUGCCGGUAACAUGAAAAAAUAUGGCCAGGAACAACCUCCGGAUUAUAAUCUUGGUAAUGUCUCGAUACCAGUGGAUUUGUAUUAUGGGAGCAAUGAUAUAAUUGCCACUCCUCAGGACAUUCAGGAAUUGUACGAGAAACUACCCAAUGGUCAGAAAUCUUUGAUAGAAUCCAACAAUUUCGCACACCUUGAUUUCCUGUGGGGAAAUGAUGUAAAGUCUUUGGUAUACAAUAAAAUUCUGAAUUUCAUGGAGCAACAUGGAAAAUAAAUAAUAUUAUAAUUAGUAUAAAUAAAUAUUAAUUAUAAAUAGAUAUUAAUAAUUACUUUGUGCAAAUAAUUUACGUUUAAUAUUCGCUUUUAUAUUGUGUAUUACAAAAUUGUUAUUGUUUGUGUUACAAAUGUUACAAGUGAACACUAGUUUUAUUUUGUCGCAUUGUUUGUAUUCAUUACAACUUCCUAACCGACACAUUGUGCAGAAAUGUAUACGUUUCGACUAUAUUGUACAGACAUUUUUAUUAAUAUCUGUCGAAAAAUAAUAAAUCUUUGAAACUAGAAUUUUAUAUCUGAUGUUUCCUACUCUCUCCUUUCUAGUAACUGAAAUAUUGCUGUCGAUCCGGCGACAAUGAUUUUCAGGACUAGAAGAACAUCAACUUGAAAAUUCAAAAAUUUUUGGAGUGCAGUUGUCACAAAGAUUUUC